AUGCCUUUUGUCCGCCACUCCCCGGUCCGCCAUCAACCCGCCAUGACCCCUGGUUCGUUGGAGGACGCUGGCGAUGCGUCGUUCCACAAUGAUACAUUACUCGAUGACCAACACGACGGUGUUCCCCCCCUUGGCCCUAGGGGCAACCUCGAUGACCGUAAUGUGGACACUAGGCGACGUCAUCGCGACCACACCCCCCUGCCCCCUCCGCCCACUCUUGAUGAUCAGCGGAUCAUGGAUGACCAGCGCGGCAUCAACUCCAUGGUUAACAAUGCCAUCCAGGAGUUCGGCACAGUCAACUUCCUCUCGGCCGAUGGUUCCAACUUUCGGGCCUGGACCCGCGACAUCGAAAUGAUUGCCCUGAGUUUCUUGCAGGACAAGGACUUCUUCAAUUCCCCCUGCGCCCGUCCGAGGUUGGAGCCUGCUGGCAGGCGAAUCCUUCUUGGCGUCAUCGACAGCUCCCUUAAACACGAACUCUACUCCAAGGAAUCCAGCUACAAGAUGAUGGAGGCUAUCAAGGCCCGUUUCAGCUCGGUCAGCAAGGCUCGCAUGCUCACCAAAUGGCGCGAACUGCUUCGUAUCCAAGUGGAUAUGACCUCUAACCCUGCAAGUGUGGCCACCCAGUACAAAGCAAUUGUUGAUGAGCUUGGCGACAUGGGGGUCUACCUGGCCUAUGAUGAUCUUCUCCCUCUUAUACUUCACGACUCCAUCCCUCAGGGUUCCAAUCUUCGCCAGGAGUUCGAUCGAAGGAUUGAUGCAGAAUUCGCGCUGAACGGCCGACAGGUCAUCACCUUUGAGAAGACUUGGCGAAUUCUUAGUGAGGCUAUCUGUCAGGUUCGCGCUGUCGACUCCCUCGACAACCUUCAACGCUUACCCCACGUCAUGGCUGCCGAACAAGCUCCACGCCCUCGUGAGGAGCGCUCUGCUUCCAUUAUCAGUCACCCCGAUAAUGUGUAUGCUCUGGCCGGCAAUCCUCAACAGAAUCGCCGUAUCUGUUUCCGCUGUCGCUCUCCUAAUCAUCUCAUUGGCCAGUGCACUGCUCCGGACCCUGCGACCCGUCCUCCAAACCAACAACCACGCUCUCAGGCCCAACAUGGUCCCAUCCCUCCGGGCUUCCAGGCUUACUAUCCCAUCAUCGCCCCAACUGGUGCGGUCCCGAUGUACUAUCCUCCCCGCCUUAACCAGCAAAAUCCCAAUUCUAUUCCUGUUCAACGCGGUCGCAUGGAUUCCUACCGCCCCCAAUACGGCCAGCAAUCCAACCGUCCUUCCGCCCGUGCUGCUGAACCUGCUGGUGUUCCCCCCUCUGACCCUUCUUUUAACAACCUCGAUGUUUCCGCUAAUCCGGCUGGCGAUUCGAACCCACAAGACGCUCUGUUUGACACUGGUGCCUCUCACCACUUGACUGGUGAUAACGCGGGGGUCCAUGGCUUUUACUGGGGCCAAUGGAACGAUGGUGAUUCUUAA